AUGAGACUGGCCGCCUACGCCGGGGCCUCAGUGGCCCUAGCCACCGGUGUGUUCUUGAAGGCUCUCCACCAAAGAGCAAACUUCUACGCGGCAUGUGUAUAUCUCUCGCAGAGCAGUGCGAAUCUGAUGAUUCUAACGAAUUUAUGUCUUCUCGUAACUGGUUUUGUCCUCUUCUGGUUACAGCGACUUCUAUACGGGCCUUUGCGACCCAUCGAAACCGAACAAUUAUAUGAGCGAGCGUGGUUCGCCGUUACCGAGACAUGCUUGGCUAUGACCAUCUUCCGGGGCGAGCUUGGCGGUUGGUUCCUGGUCAUGUUCAUCUCGCUCCUGGUUGGAAAGGUCUGGGGAUGGAUAGGAGAAGGCCGGGUUGAAUAUCUCGAGCAACAGCCCCGGCAAACCCUCGAUUAUUUCAUACACGCCUCGCCACCUCGUUGGUAUUCGCGCCCAGAUAUGAUGGUGAUGUUCGGUUUUGAGUUCGCAAUCUUGACCAUUCUGUCAAGUUCCACCACCGCUCGCUAUGGAAUCGCAUUGGUGGAAAUCUAUGUGACCCGCCAACAGUUGAAGACAAGGAUGGACGAACGCCGAGCAGAGAUCCGGGAAGCAAGAUUGGAAGCAAUCCGAGAGCACGCGCGCGCUGGAGAAAGCUCCCCGCCUGCAGACCUUCCCGAUGAGAACGAUAUCGAUGAGCUUGAGAUCGAUGUCCCCGGAUGGGAGGAAAAGGGCAGAUGGGUCUUCUAUCUCGAUCUUUUGACCGAUUUUGUGAAGCUCGUAGUCUAUUUGGUAUUCUUUGCUAUUCUUCUUACCUUCUAUGGCUUGCCUAUUCACAUUCUGCGCGACGUUGUUGUUACUAUCCGCUCCUUUGCCCGGCGGAUCAUGGACUUCCUCCGUUACCGCAAUGCGACUAGGGACAUGAAUGAAAGGUACCCGGAUGCGAGCCCGGAGGAGGUCGCCAGGGAAGAAGUCUGCAUUAUUUGCCGCGAGGAGAUGGUUUCUGUUCAGCCAGCUGCCGCUGCCGGUGAUGCUGCUGGAGAAGGUGCUCCACCACCAGCUGCAGGCACACAGCGUGUUCCAGACCGUCUCCGCCCAAGAAACUUCCUUGUGAACUGUCCUACUUGCAGACGACCAGUGGUUGGUGCUGCGGCUGCGGCCGCUCGAGGAGCUGUCGGUGCUAAUGCCAAUAACGCCGCCAAUGGCGCUGGCGGAUUUCCUCCAAACCAAGUACCGGGCCAGCCGGGUGCACAAGGGGAUGGAGCACCCAGAGCUCGCGUCUACCAGUUCGGUCCUUUUCGGAUCGGUUUCGGUGCUGUACGAGGCGGCGAUCUGUUCAAUAAUCUUCACCAGCAAAUUCACCAAGGAAAUGCGCCAUUGCAACCUGCGGCAAAUGCCAACCCACAAGGAGCACGUCAAAUUGGAUUUGGAUUUGGAUUUGGUCGUCGUCCACCUGUGCCUACACCGCAUGGUCAACACCAUCCUGCCCCAACUUCCAACAUCGCCGACGUCCAUACUCAGCUGCAACAUAUUGAGCAGCAAAUAACCCAGGAAAUUAUCUCCCUGCGUGCCGCCACCGAGCAGUUCCAGCAUGUGCGCAACCUUCAACUAGAGCUAGAUCGACUGCGUCAAGAACAGGCCAAUAUCGCUGCUCCAACAACAUCUUCAACAGCCGCCGCACCGCAACCUGGACCAUCAGGAACUUCUGCACGUCAAUUUGUCGCUGGGCCGGGCUCCUCUGUUUUGUCAGCUGGAGAUAGCCGGUUGCCGGAAGGACUCAACCUUCCGCCAGGUUGGACACUUGUCCCUCUCCAGCCCAACGAGCAAAAUGGUCAGAACGCGCCGCAAACCGUUAGCCCCACAGCAACAACAAGCCUAUUCCCGAGCGCACAGUCAACUACCCGGGUGCACCAGCCUCCCGCGAAUAGCAGCAACGAGACCGCCGGAAGCACCGCGCCGAUUCCAACACCCGAAACAUCCACUACAGAGACGCAGUCAACAGCACCUCCCACAUUGCCCAGCUGGGGAAUGCCAAAUGGAUCAUCAACGUCGGCGGACCACAGGGCAGAGUCACCGUCCCAAGAAUGGACAGAUGUACAGUCUGAGCAAGUACCAGAGACAGGCCCAUCUACUAUUCCAACAAGCUGGGGCAGUGGUGCCCAACCCACAAAGGAGGCAACGGAAGAAGAAGGCAGCACAUACUCCGAGUCUGCAUCAAAGGGCAAGGCUCGCGCAGCCACCGUGGAAGAGGCAGAGGCAGACGAAAACGCCCUCUAA